AUGACAAAAGAUGAUCUGUGCAACGUCAAAAUGCAAAAAGAUGCUAGAUCUCACCGGCUUAACAUGUUGUGCCAAAAGAGAAAAUGUCAACGCGGAGAUAGUCCUACUGACCACGCAAAACAAUCUGAGAAUCAGCCAGUAUCUUCAACAGAUGCUGCAACAGAUAUUGCCAUUUCUUCAGUUGAACUUUAUGGAAGGGAGCCAAAUAAGAGGACAUAUGAACAAGAGUUUACCAGCCAAAAAGGCCAUAUAUCAGGCCAACCAUUGGAGCAAAAGAAUGUUAAAUUUAAUUCCAAUGGCAUUCCACCAGCUCAUCCUGCCGUUUCUUUACCCGGCACAGAGAGUUUCACAAACCUACUGCAGUCAAUGGUUACACAGAAUAGGGUUUUCACCCCUGAUUCUUAUACACGACCAUUUGUGCAUAACAGCGUGGGUACUUCAAACCAUGUCAGUCCUCAAGUGCAUCCGACCAGCUAUUUACCCAACCAAACAACAUUUACCCAAUUGCUUCAAUCAGUGAUGACACAUAGUAGUGUAGUGGGGGGUCUACAUACGCAGAAGGAAACAACUGAUGUCAGUCCUAUGAACAUUAGGCAAAUGAAUGGUACCGGGAAUUCGGCUAUCUCAUCAAUUGACUCAGACUCUGAAGAAAGCUGUGACGACAUCUGGGGUGUAGAUACAACCACUGGCGAAAAUGAUUAUCAUUUUAAUUCAGAAACAGAGAGUGAAGAUGAUAUUCAAAUAGUUGAGGAACAGCAAGAGGAGUUCAUUAAUGAUGCACCUGCAUCUUUGGGAAUGAUUGUUUCUGAUACCAGAAACAAACGUAAAAGAACUAAGUCUGCUUCCUCGACAGGUCGCAUAGAAGGGUACAAAGAUGACGGUGACAUAGAAAAUGAAUGUCCAGUUUGUGGAGCACUAUUUUGGUUGAAUGAGCGAAUAAGUAGGAAUCGGAAAACUAAAACACCUGUCUUCACUAUGUGCUGUAUGAGGGGAAAAGUUAAACUUCCACUAUUGAAGGAACCUCCGGAGUUUCUACAAGCCCUUUUAACCAACGAGGAUGUUAUCAGUAAACAUUUCCGUGAUAAUAUUAGACCGCUCAACAUGAUGUUUUCAUUUACCUCACUUGGAGGAAAAAUUGAUAACUCGGUAAACCGUGGAAAAGGUCCUAAAGUUUUUAAACUACACGGUGAGAAUUAUCAUUUGAUUGGGAAUAUGAAACCAAAGGCUAAUGAAAAAGCCAAGUUCUCUCAGUUAUACAUACAUGAUACUGAGAAUGAGGUUCAGAAUAGAAUUUCAGCUUUGAGGUAA